GUGUAAAGGAUUAAUAGGGGGUGCCCGGUUGAAUCCCCAACACCUACCUAGUUCUUCUAGUUCUGGUUCUAGGACUGAGAGUAAACAGAAGUGAAGAAGAAUCCAGAACAUGGCCGGGAAUAUCGAAGUUGAAGAAGACGAUCGUGUGCCGCUAAGAUUACGACCUGAGUGGUCAGAUGUUACUCCGAUCCCACAAGACGAUGGCCCUAGUCCCGUCGUGCCGAUCAACUACUCCGAAGAGUUUUCAGAAGUUAUGGAUUACUUUCGUGCUGUUUACUUCGCCAAAGAACUUUCCUCUCGCGCUCUUGCUCUCACCGCCGAAGCUAUCGGUUUAAACGCCGGAAACUACACUGUGUGGCAUUUCCGGCGGUUAUUACUUGAGUCACUGAAAGUUGACCUACAUGUUGAACGGGAAUUCGUGGAGCGUGUUGCCAGUGGCAAUUCAAAAAAUUAUCAGAUUUGGCAUCAUAGACGAUGGGUUGCUGAGAAAUUAGGACCUGAAGCUAGAAACAGUGAACUUGAGUUCACCAAAAAGAUUCUGUCUGUUGACGCCAAACACUAUCAUGCAUGGUCUCAUAGGCAGUGGGUUCUUCAAAAUCUAGGAGGAUGGGAAGAUGAACUCAGUUAUUGUAGUGAACUGCUUGCAGAAGACAUAUUUAACAAUUCUGCUUGGAAUCAGAGAUACUUCGUCAUAACAAGGUCUCCCGUCUUGGGAGGGCUAAAAGCCAUGAGAGAGUCUGAAGUGCUUUUCACCGUUGAAGCCAUUAUUUCUUACCCAGAAAAUGAAAGCUCAUGGAGAUAUCUUCGAGGACUUUUCAAAGAUGAAUCCACGUUAUAUGUAAAUGAUGCCCAAGUAUCUUCAUUAUGUUUAAAGAUUUUGAAAACUAAGAGCAACUAUUUGUUUGCUCUAAGUACUCUGCUGGAUCUUAUCUGCCUCGGUUAUCAACCAAAUGAAGAUUUCAGAGAUGCCAUUGAGGCUUUAAGGACUUCAGAUUUUGAUAAACAAGAUUCAGAUAUAGCAAUAACUAUUUGUUCUAUUUUAGAACAAGUUGAUCCAAUUAGAGUCAACUAUUGGGUCUGGCGGAAGAGUAGACUUCCUCAGGCAGCUUAAAGGACAAACUUAUGUCAUAUGUGUAAUUUUUAGUCUAUUGGAAUUUGACGUCAUGGAUAACAGGGUGGUUGUUUUUGUUAUGAUAUGUUUUCCAGAUGUAUUUCUAUAUUUAACAGCAAAGUUGAUUUAACAUUGGUGUUAACAAACCAAUGUACUCCAAAAAAUCAAUGUUUUAUUUCUCUGCA